AUGCAUCUGAUGUACACCCUCGACGCCAACGGCAACCGCCUCUACACCCUGAAGAAGGUCGCCCACGGCCAGGUCACCAAGUCUGCGCACCCGGCGCGCUUCUCCCCCGACGACAAGUGGUCGCGUCAGCGUGUCACGCUGAAGCGUCGGUUCAACCUGCUUCUGACCCAGCAGAAGGAGGAGGCUAUGUAA